AUGACCAUCGGGGAGCGAAAGGCACUUCUCGACAGACCAGGACAAGAUGAGGAGGCCCUCGCGGGGUCGGACAAGCUUCCGAUCGGGAAACUGACGAUGGGAGCCCUCUUGCUGGCAUGCUUUUUAGCAAAUGCCGAUGAAACUUUUGUUCUCAGCACAGGCAGCGAUGUCGCGUCCGCUCUCAACGCAUCGAGUUCCGCCUCAUGGCUAAUUACCGCUUACAAUCUUGGAUACACAGUUGGUUUGCCAGUAUAUGGACAAAUAUGUGAGUCCACAGGACCCAAAGGAGCCGUCCUCCUAGCGUUAGCCUUGUAUGCAGCUGGCUGCAUCUUGACCGGAGUUUCUGGCACGAUAAACUAUGCUAUCGCUGGUCGUGUCAUCACUGGAUUUGGAGGUUCAGGCAUGAACGAGCUCGUGUCCGUGCUCUUGAACAAUAUCGAUGACUUCCACAGAGUUGCGAUGCUACGCUCUUAUGUUACUACAGUCUCGUUAGUUGGAAUUACUUGUGGCGCUCCCAUUGGCGCGCUACUCACAAGCCAGAUUGGAUGGCAACUGGCAUUUAUUAUCCACGUCCCAUUUGCAUUGUUAUGUAUCGCGAUAAUCUCGCUCAAGCUUCACAUUGAUAAGCCCCGGUCGCUCAUCACCACGGACCCCAAAUAUGGAACCAUCGAGGAAACGAUCGAAGAAACCAAGAUCCAAGAAAGCGGGUCCAAGUCCAAGCCAUUCGAUAUCGUGGGGCUCGGUUUACUAAUAACGGCCAUCGUUUGCUUACUCUGCUUUGUUCAACUCGCCGAGGCACAGGGGAUGCAAAACCAGGUAAUGGUUUUGGCCAUCCUUGGGGGAACUUUCAUCAUAUGCUCUGUGAUAUUCUGUGUUAACGAAGCCUAUUGGACUCGUGACCCCCUGCUUCCCCUCUGCUUACUUCGUAUAAGCAAGCUGGGGUUGAACUAUGGUGCCCAAUUUUUCAUUGGUCUGGCGAGUUAUGCUAUGACACCCAUGUUUUCGGACUACUGGGUGAAUACUCGAGGAGUUUCAGCCGAAGAGGGAGCCAUGUGUUGGGGACCAGUUACUCUUGGGUUUGCAUUCAGCGCACUGGUCACCGGCAAACUUAUACAAAGCACUCAUAUAUAUCUUCGAUGGUCGGUAAUUGGCCUCGCGAUAUCCAUUUUUGGCUUUUUGCUCAUCUUGGUCCGAUGGACCGUAUACCAGCCGCACAUGUGGGAGAUUUCGUAUGGAUUUCUAGCAUGGCUCGGUAUGGGAAUGACGCUGUCUUCUCAAUUUGUGGCAUUGUCUGCCUCCAAGCCAGAGCAAAAUGCCGCUACAUCUGUCACCACUUAUUACCUGGUACAGCAGGUUGGUUUUAUGAUGGGAAUAACUCUCUCCAAGGCAUUGAUUUCAAGGGAGAUUGAGCACCGUCUCAUGUUUGCACUUCGAGAUGAAUCUGGACGAAAUGAGGUCAGUAUUGAUGCCAUGUCCAGAAGUUACGUUGUUACUCACAUUCUGACAUGCUGGUAG